AUGGCUACGAAGCCUUCAGUCGAGUGCGCAAAAUGUGGGACGGGAACUAAGACAAUAUGUUUGGGCUGCUCGCAUGCACCCGAAUACCAAAGCGGCGAUUCUCAAGUUGUUUUAUACUGCAGCCGCAGGUGUCAGAUAAUGGACUGGCCGAACCACAAAGACCAUUGCAAGAACAUGCAGCAGCGGAAGAUACUGCUGCGAGCUGCCCAGGUGCUGAAGGCAGCCAUGUUGGCAUACAGAGAGAUUGUAUACGACGUGGACCUAACUCAGAUCGACUACCGAGACGGGGUCCUCUAUCUCCAUCAAAAUCAAAGAUCGGCUUCGUCUCAAUCCAAACGCGGUCCCUUCCCAAACCACAUGACCGACAACAUCGAGCAUAAGGAAGCGGCUCUCGUCAAAAGCCAAUCUACAGCAGCCAUGGCUCUCUUGGGUCCCUUUACCAGAAAACUUCUUCGAGGUGUAGCCUUGAAAAUUGAGACCAUGGUCGUCAAUAUCGGAAGACCGCGGGUUCCAACUAGGCUUGUUCCUGGUCCUGACUUGCACGGCGGCCCACACACCGUGUUGAAGAUAGGACGAAUCGAGAGCGACGAAACGUGGAUCAUCGAUACGACAGGCUGUCAAUAUGGAUUCCGAGAUGUGCUUGUCCCAUUUGACAAGUACUUUCUUGACAACAAAUGCCAGAUAUUGAAUGGACCUCGGAUUUACGAUGCGUGGGAGACGAAGGACUUGGACUAUUUGUCAACUCUUCAUGUCUUCAACAAGACAAAAGCGCAACGUCAGGAUAUGCGACUAGAGCGACUGACCCGUCACCAUUUUGCUGUCUUUAUUUAUUUGAGAGUUCUAGAUGACUUCCUCGUGGGCUCCAACGCGGACUAUGAGCGAAAGAUUGAUCACUUCCUCAACGGGCUCAAAACUCAUAUAAUCGAUUCCAUAAGGAAUGCAGGUGACGAAUUUGGAGAUUCUGAAGAUGACUGA